GAAGCACAGUAUCUCCAAGGUAUACCUGUACUUGGAAAUGCUUUGAAGAAGAUGAAGCAGGGUCAGGAAUUCCCUGGCAGUCCAGUGGUUAAGACUCUGCACUUCCAUUGCAGGGCGCACGGAUUCAAUCCCUGGCCGGGGAACUAAGAUCCCACAUGCCACAAUGCGGCCAAAUAAAUAAAUAAAACAGGGUCACGUGAAAGAGAAGGGACUGUGUUACCCAGGAUGGUCAUGGGAGGGAGACUCAGGGAGCAGGUGACACUUGAGCUGAAAUGCAGCUGUGAGAGUUCUCUUUCUAGGACAGUGCUCCUAGUGUAGGGAACAGCAGGUGUGUUCAAGGAACACCAGGGAGGCCUACAAGAGGCAGGAGGGGAGACCAGAGCACAGAGCACCUCACAGGCCAGGGUGAGCCUUCAGGCUUUAUUCAGAGUGCGCACCCACAUUUUUGAGUGCUCCCUGUGCUGCGAUGUGGACCAUGGGGCUGAGUCUGGGCAUAGGGGAGCAGGGAGCAGCUCUGUGUGCUUAGCUUGGUUGGCCUGGCGUUGGUGCUGCCACUGGUGGAGAGCAUGUUAGAUGUAUAUUAGAUGAGGAGGAGGGAGAGGGGGAAGGAAGCAUUCCUUCAUUCCUGGGCCCCAAGCCUGCCCUCCUCCCUGCCCUGGAAUCCCACCCCACCCACCCCGCCCCAUAUUUUCUGGCCAGGCCACCCCUCCUGAAAGCCAUGGGCCCAGCUGGAACCUACUGCCUCACCUGCCCCUGGGGGAGGAGUGUUUGCCCGUUGCCAGGCGCCCAGGUUCCGGCCCCUAGUACUGGCAGCAGCCAUGCUGCACGCACAGUCCUUCCUGCCAUGGCUGCUUCUGCUAGCGAUGCCUGUCCGCACCCACACCUGGUCACGGCCCGUGUGGUACCAGGUGGGGCUGGACUUACAGCCCUGGGGGUGCCAGCCAAACAGCCUGGAGGGUUGCAAGGGCAGCCUGGGGUGUCCUGGCCAUUGGAUGGGCCUGGGGGUGAACCGCAUCUACCCAGUGGCUGGGGUCACCGUCGCCACUACCAUGAUGCUGAUGCUCAGCCGUGCGGUGAUGCAACGGCGGCGCUCACAGGCCACUAAGAGUGAGCAUCCGCAGGUGACGGCUAGCCCCUGUGCACCCUGGAAACGACGGGCCCCAAUCUCAGACCGUGCCCUACUCCGUGGGGUCCUGCAUAUGCUGGAUGCCCUCCUGGUCCAUAUUGAGGGCCAUCUGCAGCGUCUAGCCACCCAGCAGCGAACCCAAAUAAAGGGGACUCCUGCCCAGAGCGGGUGACCCAACAUACUCCUCUCUUUGCCUGGUGGCUUGUUGGGGCGGGGAUGGCCUGAGGCUCUGGGCCAGGCUCAGGUCUGUGUGUCUUAUUCUCUCCAGGCCUGUCUGGACCCUGUUCCCCUUUUCUACUUUUAGAGCCAGCACACCCAUCGAGGCCUCGGUGCCCAUCAAUGGCUGGGCAGGUGGGGCCCAGGCUGGCUCACCCUGCUCCAUUGCCCACACCAACUGACCCCUCCUCUCUAGGGAUCCCACUCAUAAAUACAACUGCUCCUCUGGGGCUCCUCAGGGGCCCCCAGUGUGGUGGGAGAAGACUUGGCCAUCAGGGCAGAUGUGGGUGGUCCAGAGAGGGCAGCCCAGAGGUGACCACCUGGCUGAGUCAGGAGCUAGGGCUCCUGGUUGAGCCUGCGGGGCCUGAGCUGGGGCUGGGGGUAGAGGGAGGGCCCUGGCUGCCUUCAUCUUUGUGACAUCUCAAACAUGCUUUGGCACCUAAGUGGCCCUUGCUCUAAAGCCCCUGGAAGUGGGAUGAGGGCUGAACCUCCCCAAAGGGGCCCUCAUCUGCUUCCUCCCUU